AUGCUGACCUCCGUCGAUGAAAUUAAAGGACAAGUCUUCAACUAUAUUAUCAUCGGUGGUGGAACUACCGGUCUCGUUUUAGCGACACGAUUGUCAGAAAACCCAUCGACUUCAGUGCUUGUCUUGGAAGCAGGCAGCGCUCAUAUUGAAGAUGACGCUCUCUUGAUACCUCAACAACGUUGGUUGUAUAUGGGCAAAGCUGAAUACGACUGGAGCUUUAAAACUGAAACACAACAUCACACCAAAGACAGAAUAUUCACAUGGCCUAGGGGAAAGGGACUUGGAGGCAGUUCCGCAAUCAAUAAUCUCCUUUGGAAUAAGCCAGCGCGUCAGCACAUUGAAGCAUGGGGUGCGCUUGGCAACGAUGGCUGGACUUGGGAGAAAUUCCAGACAUAUUCCAAGAAAUCUGAGAGGUUUGUGAAGCCGAACCAUAACACGGAUGUUUUGACGUAUGAUACGAAACUUCACGGGGAGCAUGGCGCCAUCACCACGUCCUUUCCUCCGGUAAUUUCAAACCUCGAAGAAGAUUUCAGGAAGGCAAUGGAGGCCCACAAUAUCCCGACCAUUCAAGACUCAUUCUCGGGGGAGAUCCGCGGAACAUCUCCUUCUCUAUCCACUUUGGACCCAUCGACGCAUUGUCGAGCUUACGCUACUAACAUGUAUUAUCAACCGGUCGCAGGGCGUACUAACCUAAAGGUCCUCGUCGAUGCCUAUGUGACCGAGAUCAUCACAACGAAAGUCAACGGAUUAGUAUGCCUAACGGCGGGUGCAAUCAUGUCUCCAAAGAUACUCGAAAUGUCUGGCAUCGGUGAUCCUGCUGUUCUUGAACGGGCAGGUAUUGAGGUGAAACUUGACCUCCGUGGUGUUGGAAUGAAUGUUCAGGAACAUCUAUACACCGGAGUAACCUUCGAAUUGACGAAUCACUUUUCGGGCGAACAGGAGGUCAAUACCUUUGAUUCUCUUGCCACAAAUCCUGGCUUGCAAAAAGAGCUGCAUGCAUGUGGCAAAGGCACUUUGAACCUCAACACUGUUGACAUCGCGUUUGUUGCAUUAGAUGAUAUUUCACCCGAACUCAAUGCAAAAGUAAUUGCAUCCCUGCAAAGUGAGGAGAAGGACGCGGGACUCGCUGCGCAGUACAAGAUACAAGCCGAGCAUCUUCGGGAGAAGGUCCCUAGUCUCGAAAUCAUACUGGCUCCAGGACCAGCAAAGCCACCCGCGCAGGGGUGGGAUGCCUCGAAGAAGCAUGUUUCGCUCUGUUUUGCCACCAACUGUCCGCUUUCUCGUGGAACCAUACAUGUUGCAUCCAAAGAUUCGCUUGCGAUUGACCCGUGUAUUUUUGAGAAUAGAUUCGACCUAGACACCAUGGUUGAACUGGUCAAAUUUUGCAGGAGGUUGGCUCAGACACCUCCCUUGAAAGGAGAAGGAGAGGGCCGACUCAAAGAGAUUCAUCCCGGACCAGACUGUCAAGAUGAUGCCGCCAUCGCAGAAUGGAUUCGCAACAAUGUCAACACGACCUUUCAUACUGCUGGUUCAUGUUCUAUGCUUCCAAAGGAAUUGAACGGCGUUGUUGAUCCUCAACUCAAGGUAUGGGGCACCCACAAUAUCAGAGUCGCCGACCUGUCGGUCAUUCCACUCCAUGUUGGCAGCCACACUCAAUCUGUGGCAUAUGCUCUAGCAGAACAAGGUAUGCUCCGAUUCUCUCCAAAACCACUCGUUCUCAUCAAGUCGAUGAUCUUAGCUGCGGACAUUAUCAAGGCGCACCACGAGAAAUAGUUGGACUUGACUGGUUUAUGUUGUACAAUAGCAAUGGGAUCGUAGUCACAUGUAUACUUUUGAAAUCUCACGUCAGUUUGUCCAGCUUCCGAUAGCUGCUUAUUACA